AUGGCAAAAACUCUCAACAUAACAGAUUCGCGGACGAAUGCGCAGCACCAAAUUCCCAUCCAACAUAAUGCCAUUCUCGCAUCCGACCUAAAGAAGACGACCGGUCUUCGAGUCCACGACCCCGGAUUGCAGAAUACUACCGUUGUCGAAACGGGAAUCACCGUUUCACACCAUGAUACGGGCCUGCUACUGUUCCGGGGAUACAAGUUGCAGCAUCUCUGGGACAUCGACAGCGACUUUGAGGACAUGCUGCAUCUGCUGGUCUGGGGAGCGUAUCCAUCGUCCGAGCAAAGAAAGGCGUUGAGUCGACGACUGGCCACGGCCAUGUUGGAGGUCCCAGAAGUUGUCUUCCAGACAAUCCGAGCGUUGCCAAAAACGACGUCGCCAUUACCGCUUUUGAUGGCCGGACUCAGCGCCUCAUUAGCCUCUCGACCAGAAAUGAUUCCAGCAUCCACGAAGCCUGAUCUCUACCGUGAUCCCAACACAGCAGACUAUGCCAUUAUCUAUACCAUAGCCACCUACGCCGUCGCAUUUGGGGUCAUUCGAUGCCACCGGCAGGGUAUCGCGUUUACACCUCCUUCCGUAGACAAUAGCUACCUCGAGAAUCUCUUCGUCAUGGCAGGUCUGGUGGAUUCAUCGACCGGACGUCCUGAUCCCGUCAAAUUAUCCUGCUAUCGAUAUUUUGGCAUCUUCAACUCCGAUCACGGCAUGGCUCUUUCAGUGUUCUCUGCACUAGUUACGGCGUCUUCCCAGACAGACCCAGUUUCCUGUCUCAUCACCGCUACCGGCGCAGCAUACGGUCCUCUCCAUUUCGGAGCAACCGAGUCCGCAAAGCGUGCUCUACGCCAGAUUGGAACCGUAGAUAACGUGUCUUCAUUCAUCGAGGAAGUCAAACAAGGCAAGCAGAAGCUGUUCGGGUACGGCCACCGCUCGUACAAGGGAAUGGAUCCACGCGUGCAGUUUAUCCAGAAACUCGUCUGCGAUCUCAAACUCGACUCUGCAGCAAACCCAUUGCUGAAAAUCGCCGAGAGAAUCGAGCAGGUUGCAUCGGGGGAUGAGUGGUUUGCGCGUCGUGGAUUGUAUCCCAAUGCGGAUUUUUACGGGCAUUUCGUGCUUUCCGGGUGUGGCUUCGAGGCUGAUAUCAUCCCGGCAGCCAUGUUGGCUCAGCGUGUCGUGGGUAUCAUGGCCCAUUGGCGGGAAUAUAUGCGUAAGUAG